GCUGAGUGGAACCUGACUUCCUGGAGAGAACCUGAUUUGUUUUGCUAAUGGAUGGUUGCAUCUCAGAAACAGCCACCCUCUGGGGAUUUUCAUACACUGCAGUGCCGGUGAACCCGAUUCGCCGCCCCUCCUCAGGCACCAAGCCCAGGCAGCGCACACUGUAACACCAAAGAAGUGGCCAGCUGGCUGCAGUGAGAUUUUCAAUUCAAGACAAGUCUGCGCACACAUUCACAUGUAUGUAACAGUUUUAUCGCCUUGUAAACAGUUGGUAGGGUUUGCAAACUACCCCAGUGCUUUUGAUGUAGCUAAUUUUAGGUUUAUAAUGGAAUAAUAUAGAUUUGGCGUAAGAUUUCUUGCGUGAGUGUGAGAGUCUGAAAGCAUGCCUGUCACGCCUUGGUACGAAUGGCAAUGGGCUCUGACCAGCCUUUAUACAGCUUAGAGUUUACAGGAAAUGGUCAGUGGCAGUUCUGCGGCAGAGAGGCCAGAGGAGGAUCAGCGGUCUUCUUAAAGCUACCAGGAAGGUCUAUCCUCAAAGCUGUUCUAGAGGUAACAAUUUACUGGUAAUUGUCAGGUGCACCAAAUAAAGCAGACUCAGUGUUUAUGACAACAAAAUAGACAUUUUUUUUUGUAAAAAAAUAAUAAUUAUAAAUAAAAAAAGGAAAAUAAAGCAAUAUAUAACAUGGAAUGGGAGAAAAGUUCUGAAAAAGGACCCGGUUGAAUCCAAUGUGAAUAAACACACUGGCAGUGAACGGUACUCCAACUCGAUAAGUUCCGAAGCCUCGUUUUCGCUGUCAGUACUUGCGAUUGUCUUCCACCAUCUAGUGUUGAAAGUGGGGAAAUGCAAGAUGUCAGCUCAGGUGAGGCUUUUACUGGGGAAACAUAUCAGACUGUCUCGGACUUACGAAUGGGUUCCGUUCUUACAGACAGUUUGUACGUCGAAAUGGAUGUACGUUGGAAUUGGAUAAUCACAUUGAUAUUUAGAUGCGAGAAUGAGACUGGGAGAUGCAUGAGAGGAAGGGAUCAUUGCGCUGCCAUGCAGUACAGUGCUGCGCGCAGCGUGCAUAAGGUAGCAUAGUGCUGCCAGUGUUCUAUCGACUAAUGCUACCUAUGGAGACGUGUAAUCGAGCCUUUCUGCGCAUGUGCAGUUCCACUGUCUUGGGAUUAGGGUUAUGGCUAUCAAUUAGUAGCCCAACUUGACAAAGUAGCUCAACCAAUCAGAACACCGGAAAAAUGGCCAAACAAAAUGUAAACAUUUAAUUUUACAUACGCAGUGGUUAGCGCUGCUGCCAAACAGCAAGAAGGUCUUGGGUUCAAUCCCGGGUCCUUUCUGUGUGGAGUUUGCAUGCUCUCCCCAUGUUCACGUGGGUUUCCGCUGGGGGAUCUGGUUUCCUCCCACAGUCCAAAAGUGUGUGUGUAGGUAAAUUUAUUUAAGUUGACCCCGUAGUUGUGUGAGUGUGCGUGUGUCUGUGUGAGUGUGUGCAACCUGCUGUGUGUUGAACCAAGGGUGACAGGGUUGGUUUCGGUGUUCUGUCAAGUUGAGCUACUUUGUCGAGUUAGGCUACCGUAGGGCUAAUUGAUAACCCUUACCCUAACCCAAACCCCUAAAACCCUAACCCCUACCCAAACCCCUAAAACCUAACCCCAGCCCAAACCCCUAAAACCUAACCCUAACCCCCACCCAAACCCCUAAAACCUAACCCUAACCCCCACCCAAAGACCGAAAACCUAACCCUAACCCCCACCCAAAGCCCGAAAACCUAACCCUAACCCCAACCCAAACCCAAAUGCAAUCGGCCUUUCUACUCCGCUUGGCAAUAUGUGAGAAAUAACAGCCCCCACUCUGUAGGGGGAUGCGUCACCAGCUAACCCAAUAGGAAGAGAAGAGUCAAAAGGUGUCAACAGGGCAUCCUGGCAGGCUUUGCUCCAGCUCCAAGCUUUUCCUUUACAGAGAAGACUGUGUAUCGGUUUCAGCAUGGAUGCCAAGUUGGGUAUAAACCACCCAUAAUAGAUGAGUAAUCCAAGUAAAGAACAUAACUGACUUACAUUCUGUGGUGAUGGGACAUCCACAAUGGCACGGCUCUUACAUGAGGCUGUAUGCAACCCGUGUGCGUUCAACCACAUGCCCCAGAUAUCCAACUAAUAUGGUCGGAAGAAAUCGCACUUUUCUUUACGAACCCAGAGGCCGUAGUCUUGUAGCCUCUGAAGGACAGCAUGCAAAUUAUGCAGAUGUUCCUCAUCGGUAGCUCUGGUGCACAGAAAUUAGGUAACACUGCAUGCCAGGGAGACCACUGAGGAUCUGAUCCAUGGCACGCUGAAAAUGGGCAGGGGCUGAUGUGAUUCCAAAUGGAAGUUGGCAGUAUCCGAACAACCCUUUGACCCUUCCUGUACAUGCAUCUGCAAAUAUGCCUGGUUUAGAUCUAUUUUGCUAAACUUUAGUCCCUUUAGUUCAGCAAACAAAUCAUCAAUGAGGGGACGAGGAUACUGUUCAUCAGUCAGUACCAGAUUCAGGGUCACUUUGGAAUCCCCACAGAUUCGAAUUUCUCCAUUUUUUUUCAGUACGGGAACAAUAGGCGUGGCCCAUUCACUGAUAGUUACAGGUUCCAGAACCCCACUUGCAACCAGUCCAGUUCAGCAUCUACUUUCGAAGGUAUUGCGUAUAGUACUGGUCAGCCCUUCAAGAACUUUGGCUUUGCAUUUGGUUUAAUACUUAAUUUUACUGUGAUGCCUUUCAUAUUGCCCAGUUCAUUUUUGAAAACUAAUUCAGUGGCAGUGGGUGACAGCAUCCUCACCGUUUGCCAAUUAAGGUUCAAAUUCUCUAGCCAAACUCGACCUAGGAUAGCAGAGUAAUUACCUUUAGCGACAUAGAUAGGAAGCUUUGUCACUUGGUUGGUGGGUACUGGUUCUCAAAGGUAGGUGCUGAAUCUGGUGUCUGACGGUCUCAGGGUCAGUUGUCGCAGGUGACGCUUAUACACUUUUUCUGAGAGAAUGGAUGCUUUAGAUCCAGUGUCAAUUUGCAUGUUUACUGGGUGCCCUUCUAACAGGGGUCCUGCCCAAUAAUCCUCAUCAUUUGUAUCAAUUUCAUUAAUCUUCAAAGUAUGAACCCUUACGUCUGAUUCUUCAUCAGUGGACUCGCUAGACAGUUCCUCCCGUUGUCUCAUAGUGUGAACUGGUCUUUUCUUCUUUUCUUUGCUGGGGUCUUCUUUGUUCACAGAAAUAGACACUUCCUCUGUAGUAUUUUCAUUCUUUGUUACUUUUCCAGCAUGUCUUUUGCUUUAAGAAACCCGCUCGAUGUGGCCCCGUUUCCCACAGCUGACAGUUCAGAUCCUUACACCUGCACGUCGUGGCCAGAUGUGCCAUUCUGCCGCAGCGAUAGCAUGGGCCCGGCCUAUUUUGUCUCUCUGUGCUCACCGUGUGCACCUUGCUAAUUGCAUGUAGCCGUUGAGCCUCUUUUGAUGCCACUUCCAUAGAGACACUGACGCUAAAGGCCUUCUUCAAUGUCAGCUCAUUCUCAGGCAGUAGUUUCUUCUGCACUGCUAAGACCACAUACUAAUCUGUCUCUCAACGUAUCAUCUACCGUAAAACUGGUCCGAAUUCACCUUGUUCCGCCAGAUUCCUUAGCGCGGCAAAGAACAUGAGAACUGAUUCCCCUUCAUCUUGGUCACAUUUAUGGAAUCGGAAUCAUUCUGCAAUUAACAAUGGUUUUGGUGAAUAAUGCUGUGUCCAGUCCUCAACUCUUUCCACGUAGGGCUUUUCUCCUGGCUUUGUGGGUUGUAACAAAUCGCCUAAUAGACUGAAAGUUUUUGGCCCCAUCACUGCUAUAAAACUGGGCACUAUUUUGGCCCAAUCAAUGUCAUUGGCCUUGAUAAAAUAGUUAAAACGCUCCGCGUAUGAGGUCCAUUGUUCCACAUGCUCGUCAAAAGGACCAAUAUUCCCAGUAAUUGCAGCCACCUUUAGCGCAGGUUACUGGCUACUCUCAAGCACGUCCACUUCGAUAACAGACAUAGGCAGUUCUAUUUACCCCCCCCCCCCCCCCACGCUUACCUUGACGACCUCUCUCUGGCUCUCUCACCGGAAAAAAAAUCGUGAGCUUCAUGACCGACACCGGCGUGUUCAACGGACUCAUUCUGUUCCCGCGAGGGACCCAACAGCCCCCUCGCCAUUUUUAUAUUCCGGGAACAGGAAAAAUCACUUGGGACAUUUGCAAUCUCCAACGUGUUUGUUUUUUUUCUCUACUUCCCUGAACUAACACCACAACGUACGAUUUCCCAUCACAAACUUUAGGGAUGAAUCUCGGUGCUACAUUACCAUGGAUGACCGUCCUGUGCACGUAAGGCGGCACCGAAAGGAGAGGACCGAUCCCGCCAAUGUUGUGGAGAGACACACCCACGUUACUCCUGGCUUUAUGGUGUGGGGAGCGACAGACUAUGCCUGUGUCAUGUUGAGGUCCUCUUGUGGCCAGCCAGGUCCCCUGAUCUUUCCCCAAUCGAACAUGUGUGGGAUCCGCUCAGACGUCAACUCACACCCAGCACCAGUCUGCAGGAUCUCCAGGACCAGUUACAACAGCUGUGGGCCGACUUGCAGCAGGAGAGGAUACAACAGCUGUACGGCUCCCUUCUGCACAGUAUCAAUGCAUAUGUUCAGGACCGGGGAUGUGCCACAGCCUACUGACCUGGGACCAGCAGUGUGCCCAUACUGCCAACUCCGGUGUCUGUUCUAUCUGAUAUUAUAAUCGUUGCAAUGAAAUCACAUGACCUUUCACCAUGUGCAGAUUCAUUAUAUUUCCACCACUCUGUCUGGGUGCUUUACUUUUUUGUCACUGAGUAUAUAAAGUGAAAUUUAUCUUUCUAUUUUACUGUUAUUCAUCUUCAAAAAUAUGGUAGUUUACGUGCGUUUAGUCCUGCAUUAUGUACGCUGAGUUUGUGGGAAUUAUUUAAAUUAUGCAUAACUUGAACUGAGAUUCUGCCACGAAUGUCAGGCCCAAUCAUUGUGGAAAAAAUGACCACAGCGCAGGGUCCACUGUCAUGCUCCUGUCACUCUCCUGCAACCUGCCUCUCUUACAAAUACAUCCUAACUUUCCGGAAAAAAACACAAGCCGUAUUAAAAUAGCGACUAGAAAAUCUUCUCUUAGAGACCUACAGAAGUAAAUAUAGGAGAUUUACUGAAUCUCUUCUUGGUAUUAAAUGGAACUUUCUGCCAGCACUAUUUAUGAACUAAUUGAUUAUGAGUUUAUUACUAUUACUGAAUAACAAAGGGAGUACCAAUGGGAGUACAAGUACCUGGUACUGAAUAACAAGGGGAGUACCGACACCUAGUACUGAAAACCAAGGGGAGUACAAGUACCUGGUACAGAAUACCAAGGGGAGUACAAGUACCUCACACUGAAUAACAAGUGGAGUACCGGUACCUGGUACUGAAUACAUAGGGGAGUACAAGUACCUGACACUGAAUACCAAAGGGAGUACCGGCACCUAGUACUGAAUACAUAGAGGAGUACAAGUACCUGGCACUGAAUAGAGCACCAGUUUUUCCCACUUCAAGCCCUGGAUGUAAUAUAAUUUUGGCAUUUCUUUUAAUUUUGUUUUUACCCCCCGUGUUUUGAAUUGCAGCGCUGGUUUCCUGGUUUAUAUACACCGUUUUCUGUUCAUCUGAAAACAAAUUGAUUAGAGGGUAUUACAUGUGCUUGCUUAUUUUUUCCUUUUAUUUAAUAGCAGCGGGCUAUUCCAACCAUUGUAUGUACUUAUUUUAAUUGUUAUGUUACCGAAAAAAAAACUGAAAAGGAAGUGGUAUAAACAAGCUUACAUUAUUCAAACCAUCAGUGUACCCAUUUCCGUCAAACUUCCUCUGCAGGUCUCACGCGUAUCUGAAACCUCGGAGUCACAUCGUAGUAAGUUAGCUUUUCCAAUUGAUUAGUUCCGUGUUGUUGGGAGGAUCUUAACACUAAUGCAAAAUGACACGGUGUGAUUUCGUUUGCUGGAUCCAAAUGACCGUCUACAUCCCAACAUGUAUCACGGCCUUCCCCUUGAACCUGGCAGCCCUGUGGAUUCUGUUCUUCAAGAUAAGACGAUUCACAGAGUCCAUGGUCUAUUUGGCUAAUCUAGCAGUGAACAACUGUCUCCUUUUAUUCUCCCUGCCCUUCAAGAUUUAUGCCUACAAGAGGCCGUGGAAUCUGUCGCCAAAGUUCUGCUCGUUCCUGGAGAGCCUGGUCCUCGUGAACAUCUACGGCAGCAUCGCCCUUAUCGUGUGCAUUUCUGCCGACCGUUACAUCAUGCUCCGUUACCCGUUCAGGAGAAGAUGGACGCCGCGGUCGCCACGUAUCGCAGCAGCUGCCUGCCUCCUCAUAUGGAUCGUAGUGUUUGUGGCCAGUUACCCCAUCUACAGUUUGCACAAGAAUAAUGAAUACUGCUUUGAGAACUUCACCAAGGAGACGUGGGAUAAUGUCGCCCUCAUAGCCUCCAUGGAGGUCAUAUUCCUCAUCAGUGCCACCGCCAUGACCCUAUGCUCUGUCAACAUCAUGCAGAUCCUGAGGGCCAUGCGUAAGAGGAACCCGGCAGACGCCAAGCUCAGGAAUAACAAAUCCCUGAAGAUAGUCCUGAGCAACCUCGUGACGUUCCUGGUGUGUUUCAUUCCCUAUCACGUCGCCGCCCUGCUGUUCUUCCUGGCUAAGAAUUCCACCCUGCCCCAGAGCACCAUUGACCCUCUGAGGGACGUCUUUCGCAUAAGCUCCUGCAUAAGCAGCCUGAACUGCCUGUUCGACGGCGCCUGUUACUACUUCAUGCUGAAAGAGAACUGGAUGUCCAGUAAAGAGGAGAGAAAGCUGACUUCAUACAAUGCGACGCUGCCCCUCGGCUUGCAGAGAGAGGGCUCGCUCCCUGCUCACAAGACCUCCGUGAGGAAGACGACCAGUCUGUCGGACUGCUACUGAGGAACGCAAACAGUCUCCUAGAUUUUUUUUAGCACACCCUUGUAAAAAAAUAAAAAAUACUUUAUUUCUAUAAUGACGGUUUAUUUUAAUAAUGUAUCUCAGAGAUGGGCUACAGUAAGCAAAUGCAGAUGUAUCAACUUUCAGCUUCUGCUGAGCCAGAGUUAUUCACGUGUGCUGGGGCUGGACUGGCCAGGGGCAAAGCAUGCAAACUCACCCAGCCGAGCUAGCUAAUGUUCCGCUCACAGGCCCUGCCGGGCACAAACACCUACAUACGAAACCUGCGGGCACAGUGCACCUACUCCAAAAAGAGCCUUUUCUGGGUGGUACUUAAAAGAACAAACAAAAAGUUGAUAAUCAAGAUAAGGCUUUUGGGUUCCUCUGAAAGCAAACAGAAAAAAGUAUAAAGGCAAAGAGAAGCAACAGGAUGACAAAAAAAAAAACAGUUUAAAACUCUAUAACCUAAAAUUUUAAGUUCUAUAAUUUUUUCAGAAGGGAUGUCUAAACAGAACUAAAUGAUAUUUACUGAAGAACAGGAGUAAGGCCUAGCUGUGCUAUUGAAACAUUCCAUCAGGCAGCCUCCCAGGCAGCCCAAUGAGGGCCUGUGGCAGAACAAGGAGUCCCGUGAAUGCAUCAUCCAAACAUCCUUGAGAAAAUUAUUUUUUCAAUUCAAAAUUAAUGGAUGCAGCAUAAAUAUGCUACAUGUAUGUGGGAUGCAUGUGUGAGUGUCCUUUUAUUUAAAUAUUACGUUUAUUUACAUGCUUGAUAAGAAAAUCUUGAUAGCAAUUCUAAUGUGUUAAAAGUCGUUACGUUGUUGUGGAUACAGUGUGACAGUUGUAUCAUUACUGAAGUUUAAGAUGCCAACGUGAAAUCGUUUCACUUUAAUCUGUCAUAGUCAGCUAACAAUUACUCUUAAAAGACACUGAACAAGAUUCAACGUUCAAGAGACCCUGAGGUCUCCAAUAUAUUAAUAUUUGGUCAAAGCUAAAAAUUUUGUGAGUGGGAUUGCAGGCUUUGAGGACAGUUCAGUAGCAGUUAUGCUUUAAACAAAGCAGUUGCCUAAAUUCCUGUAUUAUGUCAGAUUUCCAAUCUGAAGGCACACUUUGGUGCACCUUUCCUGGUCUUCAUGAGUGAUGAAGAUGCGGUGAUGUGGUGAAGGUCUAUCAAUAACUCACUUAGUUAAAGAUCCCUCUUGUAUUGAAUGACCUGGGUUGAAACCUAUGGUAAUGCAAUAUUUUAUGGGGGGGUGCACAUAAUCAGAAGGUUGCUAGUUCACAACCCAAGGGCUUUAACUGUCGUUGUCCUAUGACUUGGCAGACUCUGCUGUCUCAAGUGCCUGGAUAAUAUACAAAUCCGUGUAAAAUGAUGUGGAGACUGGACCAUCAGCCAUUUGGCUGGUAGUGCUGCCCCUCCUGUUGACUUCCCUCCCGGAACAACCAUAGGAUCUGAACAGUCUGCGCUCCGACACCUCUCAUGUUUUCUAAGCACUGUCACCUCAAACUCUACACCCAAUAUAAAUAAACUUAAAAUUAAUUAGUGUUAAACUCUGGGAUAAAUGCAAGUCAAACUCAAUAAAUGAAUAUUUAUGAAAUUA